AUGAAUAGUUACACGGAAAAAUCUGAGGCUGUGCAAUUUCAAGACCUUUUUAAUUACGAUGACAACGUUUACACAGAAAAAGACAGAUACGCAAGACACGUGGAGCUAGUGACAGAGAGUGUCCUGGAGCACCUACUUAAAGAAAUAAACAACAAAUACCCAAAAUCAUCAAACGACACUCAAAAUGACAUGCCAAAGAUGAUGCAGAGGCUAAAAAUGAAGUUAAAGAGGCAUCUGAACAAGAGGAAGAAUAAGAAACUGAAGAAGAAAUACUCCAAAUUGAAUUCCACGAAAGCAAGUCUUAAUGAGUUUACAACGACAUCCCCUUAG